CCAUGGAUUAAAAACAACAUUACAUUACGCUGCUGCUGCCUGCCUUCUUCUUCCUCUCCCUCAGAUUCUUCACCUCCACAGAUCCAAACAAUGCCUUCUCAAAUUAGGGUUCCGAUCAUCGACGUCUCUUCUCCUCUUCCUCCUCACCGAAUUUAAGAUCAUCGCCGCGAAUUUCCGGAGAACUUUCCUCGAUUUUUCUCUUUUCCAGCUAGGUUCUCCUGUGACGGCGUGUUAUCUCAUCAGUUGACCUUCGCUUUCAUCGCCAGAUCGUUCUUAGGGCUCGUUUAGACGUUUUGGUGUUGAUGAAUCUCUGCCUAGGUUCGAGGAGCUCAUGGAUACCAGCCGUGGGAACAGCGGUGCCUCAGGGCAGCAGCUUCUUACUCCGACUCGCUUCGUGUGGCCUUAUGGAGGUAGAAGGGUCUUCCUUAGCGGAUCUUUCACCAGGUGGACAGAACAUGUGCCAAUGUCACCACUUGAGGGCUGCCCUACUGUUUUUCAAGUCAUUUGCAACUUGACUCCCGGAUAUCAUCAGUAUAAGUUUUAUGUUGAUGGGGAAUGGCGGCACGAUGAGCAUCAGCCAUUUGUAAACGCAAAUGGUGGAGUAAUGAAUACAAUAUUUAUAACUGGACCAGAUAUGGUUCCCACUGCUUUUAGCCCAUCGAACAUGGAUGUCGAUGAUUUCUCCCAGAGAGUGGCUGAUCCUUCCCAGGAUUCUAUACCUAGGAUGUCAGCGGUUGAUUUGGAGGUGUCCCGUCACCGUAUAUCUGUUUUAUUGUCAACCCGUACUGCAUACGAGCUUCUCCCAGAAUCGGGCAAGGUUAUUGCAUUGGAUGUGAAUUUACCAGUAAAGCAAGCAUUCCAUAUACUCUAUGAGCAGGGAAUCCCUUUGGCUCCUCUGUGGGACUUUGGUAAAGGCCAAUUUGUUGGAGUUCUUGGCCCAUUGGACUUCAUUCUAAUACUGAGAGAGCUUGGAACGCAUGGAUCCAACUUGACAGAAGAAGAGCUUGAGACGCACACAGUAGCAGCCUGGAAAGAGGGGAAGGCUCAUAUUAGCAGACAAUAUGAUGGAAUUGGGAGACCGUAUCCUAGGCCACUUGUUCAGGUUGGGCCCUAUGAUAAUCUGAAAGACGUUGCCCUGAAAAUUUUGCAAAACAAGGUGGCAGCCGUUCCUGUUAUUUAUUCUUCUCUGCAGGAUGGGUCAUAUCCGCAGUUACUGCAUCUUGCUUCGCUAUCAGGCAUAUUAAAAUGUAUAUGCAGAUACUUUAGACAUUCGUCUAGCUCUUUGCCAAUCCUUCAGCAGCCCAUUUGUUCAAUUCCCCUGGGUACUUGGGUCCCUAGAAUCGGAGAAUCAAGUAGCAAACCUCUCGCUACAUUGAGACCACACGCCUCUUUGGGUUCUGCACUCUCGUUAUUAGUUCAAGCUGGAGUUAGUUCAAUUCCUGUAGUGGAUGACAAUGACUCGCUUAUUGACAUAUACUCUCGAAGUGACAUAACAGCCCUGGCUAAAGACAAGGCAUACGCACAGAUUCAUCUUGAUGACAUGACGGUUCACCAGGCGCUGCAGCUGGGACAAGAUGCAAGUCCGCCUUACGGAAUCUUCAACGGGCAGAGAUGUCACAUGUGCUUGCGCUCAGACUCUCUUGUGAAAGUGAUGGAGCGGUUAGCGAAUCCAGGAGUAAGGAGGCUGGUGAUAGUGGAAGCAGGGAGCAAACGUGUAGAAGGUAUCAUAUCUUUGAGUGAUGUUUUCCGGUUCCUGCUUGGUCUUUAACUACUCCCCACCACAAAAGACAAAACAAAACAACCUUCUCAAAACUUUCUUUUCUCAAUUCGUCAAAAUGAAACUACCCAACAAUUUGCUUAUUGUUUCCCUUCUUAUUGUGUUUUUUGGGCAAGGAAUCAUGUAAAUUUGCUACGAAUUUAUUUUUGUUGUUCUUAGUUGAACGGGUUUCCCAUUCUUGUGAAGGAUUAUUAUUGGCUACGGGAAUACUUACUUAGUAGCGCU